UAUACUUAGAUUAUAACCCUCUAAAUGCUAUCAUUCCGUCAUCAAUUGGGAAUCUUUCUUCUUCCCUUCAAUAUCUGUCUAUGCCGAGUUGUGGGUUAAAGCAAAUCAUACCAAAUCAACUACGAAACUUAAGCAGCUUGAUUAGCUUGGCUCUGGGUAGUAAUAACUUGGUCGGGUUUAUUCCACCAAUGCUAGGUAGGGUUAGUAUGCUCCAAGUAUUGGAUCUCAGUAAUAACAGAUUGAGUGGUCCCAUUCCUGAUAGCCUUUGUGAUCUUCACUAUCUGUAUGAAUUAUUUUUGAGCAACAAUCAGCUGUCUGGCAGUUUGCUGAAAUGCUUUGGUAAUAGCACUUCCCUCAGAAAAAUAUAUCUAGAUUCAAAUUGUUUGACUUCUAGAAUACCUUCAACUUUGUGCUAUCUCAAAGACUUAUUAGAGCUUGAUUUGAGUUCAAAUUUCUUAGAUGGGUUUAUACCCAAUGAUGUUGAAGGUUUGAAGGCACUUUCACUCCUAGACAUAUCCCACAAUCAAAUCUUGGGAAAUAUCCCUGUCACUAUUGGACAAUUGCAAAAUUUGGUUUCUCUUUCUCUUGAACGGAAUAAACUAGAAGGAUCUAUUCCAAAGCAAAUAAGUCAAAUUGUUUCCUUGGAAUUCUUAGAUUUAUCUCUAAACAAACUCUCUGGUUCAAUUCCGGUAUCUUUGGAAAGACUUGCAUACCUCAAAUACUUCAAUGUCUCAUUUAAUGAAUUGAGUGGUGAAAUUCCAUCAGCUGGUUGUUUCAAAAACUUCUCAAGUGCUUCAUUCACGUUUAACAAGGAAUUGUGUGGAAAUCCUAGGUUUCACGUACCACCGUGCCAUUCUACCCACCAUUCGAGGAUUAAAAGAAGACUUCUUAUUGCUCUUGCAUCUCUUGGAGCUUCAUUGAUAAUUACUUUUGUAAUUAUUGCAUUUGUCCUUACAAAGCGACAAAGGAAAUUUCGAGUACCAAGUAUGACGGAUAUUGGCUUUCCAUGGGAUAAAUUAAGGAUUUCUUAUGAUGAGCUUUCAAGGGCUACUUCUUGCUUUAGCCAAAACAAUCUCGUUGGUUCAGGGAGCUUUGGCUCUGUGUAUAAAGGGACUUUGGAUGACGGGAUGCUUAUAGCAGUGAAGGUAUUUAAUCAAUUAGAAGAUGCACUUGAGAGUUUUAAUGUUGAGAUUGAAGUGCUAAAGAAUUUAUGCCAUCGAAAUCUCACUAAGGUGAUUACUGGAUGUUUUGCCGAAGACUUUAAGGCCUUGGUCCUUGAGUACAUGCCAAAUGGAAGCCUUGACCAGUGGCUACAUUCACAAAGAAACUUCUUGGAUAUGGUUCAGAGGUUGAAGAUAAUGAUUGAUGUUGCAUGUGGUUUGGACUAUCUUCAUAAUGGCUACACAAUGCCAGUGGUUCAUUGUGAUUUAAAGCCUGCAAAUGUGCUAUUAGAUGAAGAAAUGGUAGCCCAUGUAUGUGAUUUUAGUGUGACAAAGUUACUAACUAAGGAGGAGAGCUUCAAGCAUACCAAAACUCUAGCAACACUGGGCUAUAUGGCACCAGAGUAUGGAUCCACAGGAAUGAUAUCAACACAAUGUGACAUUUAUAGUUUUGGAAUUGUGUUAAUGGAAACAUUUUCAGCAAGAAGGCCCACAGAUGAAACAUUUGGUGAAGAAAUGAGCUUGAAAAGUUGGAUAAGUGAUUCUUUACCUCAUCAUGUACUUCAAGUUGUAGAUCCCAACUUAAUAAGGGCAUAUGAUGAAGACUUCAAUGCGAAAUUGCAGUGUAUAUCCUCCGUAUUAGAAUUGGCAUUGCAUUGUGCAGAUGAAUCCCCUGAAAAGCGAUUAAACGCAGAAGAUGUUGUUGUAAGACUGAAUAAAAUCAAACUUCAAUUUCUAAGAAGUGUUGGGAGCUGAUAAAAUUGGAAGGAAACAGCUGAAAAACUUACCUUUGAAUAAAAGACAAUCAAGGAUGCAGUUGUCACCGUUCCAGAUGAAGAUUUUGAUGAGAGAAUGAUGGAGUAUUUCAUUAAAUUAAUGAAGAAGAAGCAUGGUAAUAAGGAUAACUAACAGGGUUCUUGGGAAGUUCAGGAGGGAAUGUGAGUGGGCAAAGAGGGCUCUGAGCAGUCAGCAUCAAGUUGGUGUAGAGGUUGAAUCUCUUUUUGAUGGUAAUGAUUUCUCAGAAUCACUUACUCGGGCUGGUUUUGAGGAGUUGAACAAUGAUUUGUUUAGAAAGACUAUAUAUAUGGGGCCUGUUAUUUGCCUUUUCAACCGCAAAGGAUGAGCGUGUAGAUCGAGAUCAUAGCCAAUGAGCAAGGCAUGCAGCCAAGAAUCAACCCUGAGAUCAGAGGACCAUUUUUUUUAUAUGUAAAGAGGCUUAUUGGAAGAAAGUUUGAAGACAAAGAAGUGCAAAGGGACAUGAAACUUGUUUGGCAUCUCUGUUUCAUGAGAUAAAAUAAAGUUCUCUCUAUCACCAUCAAAGUCGAAGGACUCUUUAUCAACUAAUGCUCCUGAUAAUAAAGGCACUUAAUCUUUACAGGAAAAAGACUGGAACAGACAAGCACUUUUGGAUUCAUCUUGAUAAGAAGGUACCUACUGGGGCUGGUCUUGGUGGUGGGAGCAGCAAUGCUGCAACAGCCUAUAUCCAUAUUUGUUUGCAUAAUUUAUGUGACAUUAAAGUACUUGAUUGUAAUGCUAUGCUUCAAAUUAUAUCACAGGGAAUAACAUCUGUUGUCUUGGCUGAGCUCAUCAUUUCAGCUUUUAAAGUACUUGGCAGAGCGUUAAUUGACCAAAAUUUCUUGUUCUUAGGCGCUGGAGGCAUUACAACCUACAAUUCUAAUAGGAACUUCAGGAGUUGGAAGAGCAUUUAUAUAUCCAGGAGUUGCUUGGAUCACAAUUUGGUCCAGAAAAUGGUUUCUGUCUCAAUGGGCUUAACAUAAGUAGCAUCAACCUCAACUCUAUAGUUAAUUUGUGGCCUGCAAUCUUGAAAAACAUCUCCCCGUUCAAUGCUUUGUUGAGAGUUUGAGAGUUUUGUUACAUUCAUGUCUACAGAUACAAAUUUUGUAGUUGUCAUAGUACAUGUGAAGAAGUAAAUAUACACUCGUAUUAAUAAACUUGAUCCAUUCAUGUCAAUAGAUACAAAGAUAUAAGUAUGGAUUUUUUAUGUAAAACUAUAAAAGUACUUCUUAGUUAUGUGUGUAAUUCAAAUAAUAUGUAGAUUUUUGUA